AUGAAUCUACAUAAUGAUAAAGAACUCGGCGAUCUACUCGAUCUCAAUGCGGUAAAAUAUCGUAGUCGUUUUCCAAAUAGUAUAAUGAAUGCAUCAUCAUCUCGUCAUCCUCUACCGAUGCUAUGUCCCACUAUACCUUAUUCUAGUGGUUCACAUAUUCCACCUCCUUCGACAAAUUCUGAAACAAUUUAUAGUGGUACAAAUAAAGAUUAUUGGAAUAAUUGUCCACCAUCAGCUACUUAUGAUGAACGGAUGUAUGAUAGUAAUUAUAGCAAUCGAGAUCUUCUCCAUCCAUUUAUAACAUCUGAACCAUUGAGUACUAUUUCAUCGAAUCCUACUUCACGAACAUCAACUAAUGAUUUGACAUAUUCAGAAAAACGCGACGAUAAGGCGUGUCGAUCAACAAAUGUCUAUACAUCGGAUGAUUACAAUCCAGAGAAUACCGCACGAUACCCAACUGGAAAAUCAGUUUAUGGAAAUGAAUCUGCGUACUAUAUUGAUGGGCAAGGUGGUACUUCAUGGUUGCCACCACCACCACCACCACCAUCAUCAUCAACAUAUUUACCAAAUGAUCUUGCUGGUAAUCAUGCAUCUUUUACAGAUUCAAAUGGUGCAUGCUUACCAUCUAUGGCAAGUUUUCGAUUUCAACAAACUGCGUCAUAUACGAGUAAUGGCAAUGAACAAACAGUACAAACGGGAGAAGCUCUUGGCAAGGCCUUACAAUCUAUCUAUCCAUCCGACCAUCCAUACUCUUCGACAUCAUCAACUCCUGUCUCUCCACCACCGUUGAGUGGAUCUAGUCAACAAUGGUCAAGUGGAGCACCAGUAACUCAACAAUAUCAGAAUCAAUUACAUUCUCUUACACCUCUAAUCGAUAUAAGUGAUGAAUCAUACUAUAUGCUCAAUUUAAACGAGCCUCCAAGAUUAGAUAUUGAUGAUUCAUUUCGUCAACCACCAACGGACUAUCAUCAUUACUAUACUGGUUAUCACCAUCCACAUUCCACGGGACCCUAUUCGGCGUUUUUGACGCAUCCAUCAAAUUUACAUCAAUCCUCUACAUCUGAUACGUCAUCACGAAAUCCACAUCAUGAUCCGUACUUAACAUAUGCAAAUCCUCCGUCAACAUCAUCUUCAACUUCAUCAACAGAUGCAAACACUGUUGUGAAUACGGAUUUGAAAGUUGACUCCAUCGAUAAAGUUAAAUUAGAUAUUGAAAAUAAACCACCAGCAUCGUCAGCACCCCCAACGACAACAACAAGUGGACCGUCUCAAUUGACAACAGAUAAAUUAAAUGAAUUCAAUUUACGACAACAAACAUUAACUGACAACUCACAAGAAAAUGCAUCACCAUUAACGAUAGCUGCUGGUGGUAGUGCAAACAAUGUACAUAUAGGCCCAUCAUCAUCGUCAUCGUCAAAAUUACGAAACUCAUUGACACUUAGUCCAAAUAGUCAAAUAAAUUUAUCAUGUAUGCGUGGUGGGCCUGGUUCAGAGGGUAGUAUUGAUCCUGAUGAAACACCAGAAGAACGUGAACGUCGAGAAAAAGAUCGUCGAGCAGCUAAUAAUGCUCGAGAAAGAUUACGUGUACGAGAUAUCAAUGAUGCAUUCAAAGAACUCGGUCGAAUGUGUUCAAUACAUAUGCGUAACGAUAAACCCGUUACAAAAUUGGGUAUUCUUCAACAAGCUGUUAAUCUAAUAACAACACUUGAGCAACAAGUUCGAGAACGUAAUUUAAAUCCUAAAGCUGCAUGUUUACGACGACGUGAAGAAGAGAAAGCAGAAGAUUUAAAUGGAAAUAUGACUUUAGGAGGAGCAAUGCCACCUACCGUUACUGGUGGCAUCAUGUCCACGGAAUCAUCUUCAAUUGAUGGUUCAAAUUUUAUGGAACAAAUGCAUCAAUCUAUUCCUCCAUCAUAUUGGCAACAAUAA